AUGGUAAAAGUUGUUAUUGUCACUGGAGGGUCACGUGGUAUUGGAAAGGCUAUUAUUGAAUACAUAUUAACUCACAGUGAUAGAGACACAGUUGUAAUCAGCACAGCAAGGACAGUAGAGCCGUUAAGGUUAUUACAAGAAAAGUAUGGUUCUGAAAGAUUCCAAUAUGUAGUUGGUAACAUAGUUGAUCAGUGUAUCCAAGAUAAAAUAAUUAAAACUGCCUUAAAAUUUGACAAGAAUAUAUAUUCUUUAGUGGCAAAUGCUGGUAUAUUAGCUCCUGUGGAUAGUAUAACAAAUUAUGAUCCUAAAUUAUGGAAAAAUCAUUUUGAUAUCAAUUUUUUCAGCAUUGUAUCCCUUGUCUCCAAAUGUGUACCUCAUAUGAACAAACAGCAAAGUAAUGGUGAAGAAGAAAAUACUAAUAGUAGAGGUAACAAUAUUAUAAUGGUAAGUAGCGGUGCAAGUGUUAAGGUGUACAAGGGCUGGUCAUGCUAUUGCGCAUCCAAAGCUGCAUUAAAUCAGUUUACAUUAUCAAUAGCCACGGAAAUGGGCCCCCAAAUAAAGUCGAUUGCAAUUGCACCUGGAGUAGUGGCUACACAGAUGCAAGUUGAUAUUAGAGAGAGAUGGGGUCCUCAAGGUAUGCCAUCAGAUGCACUGAAAAGGUUUGUAGAUCUAUACAAUACGAACCAAUUAUUGGAUCCAAGCGUCCCUGGUCAUAUCUAUGGAUAUUUAGCGAUAAAAGGCAUCCCUGAAGAAUUAAGCGGACUAUAUGUACGUUAUGAUGAUACAAAAUUAUUAUCAUAUAUAAAUCAAAAAUAA